AUGACGAAGCUACUCGUAGUAACGAUGCUGUGCCUACUCGGCCAGAAAGUGCUCUCGAUGCCCGUGGCCGAGAACCAAGAUCCUCUCCAGGUGGUCCCACUGGAGAAGUCGGCGAACCCGAGCAAACCCGAGGUCCCGGCAACUCCCGAAGUCGCUGUGGCAGCGAGCUCGGAAGCCGCGGCACCGCCGGCAGCCGAGGCGAAGUCCGCCGAGGCUGAGAAGCCGAGCGUGAGAAGCGAGCUCGCGGCCGAGAACGCUCAACCGUCUGAGAACGCCGCAGAGGAGAAGAAAGAAGACGCCCAGCAAGCGAAACCCGAGGAGAAGAAGGAAGAACAACCCGGCUUGGAGAAGCAGCCUGAACAGCAGCAACAGCCUGCGCAAGAGCAAAAGCCUGAACCGGCACAGGAAGCCAAAAAGGAGGAGGAAAGCCUGAAGCAGGCGGCUUCCGAGUCUCACGAGACCGUGGUGCAAGCCGCUCCUCAAGAACAAAAGCAGGACGCUGCCGAAGUGCCGGCAGAACAACCCGUUGUCGUAACGCAGACGACAAAACUUGAUUUUCUCAACCAGAUCUUGUUCACGUUGCAGAAAUCUGCAGUGGCAGAGAGCAAGAGCUCCGAGCAGGUAGAUUCUGCGGAGAAGAGCUUGGAAGCGGCAAAGGAAGAGGCAGCGGAAGAGAAGAAGGCCGAAGAAGCGAAAGCUAGCGUAAGGAAGGAGGACGAGGCUGGCUCCGCAGCUUCCGAAUCGUCGGAAGAGAAAGCUCAGCCAGCUGCGGAGGAGAAGAAACUCGAGAAGGAAGAGGAGAAGAAAGCCGAGGAGAAGCCCGACCGUGUGACUCGUGACGCCGAGGUAGCUGCCCCGGAAGAGAAGAAGGCGCCAGAACAGCCAGCCGAAGCUGAAAACAGCCAACAAGAUCAGGCUAAAUCUCCAGAGGAGAACAAACCAGCCGCCAAGAGCGAGAAGGUCCAGCCCAUCAUCGAACAACCAGCGAUCAGCCCUGAAGAAUCGGCCAAGAGCGAGGAGAAACAGCCUGCUGAAGCCGCUGCUCAACCCGAGAAAGAAGCAAAAAGCGCCGAAGCAGCUGCCGCAGCUGCUUCCGGCAGCGCCCAAGAGUCUGCUGACCAAUCGGCAGCAAAGUCGGCCGAAUCUAGCCAGACUAAACGCGAAACCGCGGAUGCUCAGCCUCAAGCAAAAUCCGAACAGCAAGCCGAGGAGAACAAGGAAGAGCCAGUGAAGCAACAGGAACCAGCGAAGGAGGCGAAAGAGGCGAAGGAAGCGAAAUCAGACGAAUCCUCCGAGGAGAAAUCGGCUGAGAAGAAGGAGAGCAAGGGCAGCGAGGAGGAGAAGUCAUCCGAGGAGUCUUCCUCUAAGCAAGAGUCCAAGCCAGCCGAAGAAUCCAAGCCCGAAUUAUUGCCAAAACCGCAAGAACUGACAGCG